GUAAGGUAAGGUAAGAUAGACAGACAGAUAGUUGUAGUUCUGGCGCUUCCGAGGGGCUCUGCGCAAUGUGACUCGCCUCGCUUAUUGGCGGGCGGAGCGGUGAAUCAGAAUGGGAUUAUUGGAUUUCCCGCUGGAUGAUGACCACGGGCACGACAUCAAUUGGAAGGCUGCAGAGAGAUCACGGGGCAAGACAAGACAUGACAGGACAUGGCUCUUCUUCUCUUCUUCUCUUCUUCUCUUCUCUUUUUUCUUUCUUUUCUCUCUUUUUAUCACUUCUCUUCUCUCUCUCUCUCUCCCUUUCAUCCCUUUCAACACCGUCUCUCCCUCUUAUCGCUAUAUCCCAACUCUCUGAUUAUAGAAACUUCCCCAUUAUUACCCAGUGUCACUGCGUCAUGACCCCAAACCCGGUUUAGCGCUAUCUGAUAAAUAUGGAUGCCUCACCCUCAUCAGGCACCGAUUCAGAGCAAACACACGGCUGUCAAGAGCCCGUGUUUGCUUCACCCAUUCGAUGAUGCGCUUCGAGGAAGGUGGAGUUACUUUUUGCUUUGA